UGGCCACGGUGUUCCAUGAAGAAUGUUGAUAGAAAUGGAACGCCGUGGCCAAAAUGUCACAUAUUCUCCAAACUUAACAAAUGCGCUGGCUCGUCGGCAGGCUUAGAAAGAAGGAAGUAACGUGCCAGCUGGAUCCCGACAGUUUUGUCUUCAUGCCAUCCCAUCUUGAAGCAACCGAUUUGCAUGGGAUCUACGAAAGUACCCUAUUGCUCUUCGGUAAAGAAGGCUGAAGCUCAUCCCCCUACCGUCGCUCCCGCUAAGUCCGAGAUGGAGCUCAACUGCCUACCAGACCACGUGCUUCUCCAAGUGAUGAGUCAUCUGGAUGAGGAUGAUCUGCUGGAGAGUCGCGGCGUUUGCCGCCGGUGGAGGGACCUGGCGCUGCAUCCAAUGAUCUGGCAGAACAAGUCCAUCUACUUCUUCGCGAGUUCCGACUACAUCGCCAUCGCUCUCCGUCUCGUCCCACGAUUACGGUGUCUUCUGAUGGACCUUACUUGCCACGGCGAUGUUUGGGACAUUCUUCUAGCCACUCCGACGGCCAUUGCCGACAUCACGCUCUUGUUCGAUAGGAAGGACGCCAUGCUUGUUGCGCUGAUACUUGCAAGGCAGGCCGCGCUUGGACGGCUGAAGAGAGUGACGUUGCGCCUGAGGCGUAAUGGCACCUUAUGGCGCGAUCUCCUUCCCAGGCGCUUGGACCGGGGGCCUCGUGCAUUGCUCCUGCAGAUUUGCCAGACUCCCGGACUGCAAUCAGUGGACUUGAAAUUGUACGUGGACGAUGAGGGUGUUCUGGACGUCCUCGCAGGGAAGGUUCCGGUGCCGGCGUCCCUCAAGCGACUCAAGUGCCGGGACCUCUUGGAGCCUUACCUGGGCCUGCUGUUGAACUGGCACGCGGAGACCCUUGAGGACGUGAGCCUCUCCUUCGACGGGCCGCGAACGACGUCCCUGCUCGCCGCCAUGCCGCGCCUGCGCAAGCUGUCCUGCCCCAUGCUGACGGACAUGCAGUUGCUUCGGCAGUGCCGGUCCUUGACGUACCUGAAGCUCAACCUCACUGUCUUCGACGACGCGGAGGCGGUGGAGGCUGGCCUGCCGGGGGCGCGGCUCUUGCUGCGCUCGGCGGCCGCGCGCCUAGAGCACCUCAAGAUCACCUACGCGCCGUACUCGUCCCCGGACGUCGUGGACCUGCUGCUCAGCAUCGGCAGGCGGUCCGGCGUAACAGCGCUGCGUAGCCUCAGGUUCAUGAUCAUGCGGUGGGGCCCGGAGAUCCGUGACAGUGAGUCCUUCGACGAGGACGAGUCCGAGAGCCCUCCGCCGCAGCUGGUGCCUCUGGCCGCCAUCCUGCCGAGGCUGCCGCUUCUCACCAGGCUGGACAUCGACAGCGAGGCCUCGGACGCCUUCCUGGACGCGCUGGACGGACAGCAGGUGGUGCCCAAACUGGAGCGGCUGGACAUCCGCAUGCCACGCGACUGCGCCUGCCACCACUCCUGGCUCCACGUCGAGGAGGAGCGGAUGCGGCGAGUCAUGAAGAGGUACCCGCGCCUGCACGUCUUCAUCCAGACCGUCGACAAGAGCACCUGCAGGGAAGGGGACUGCGGCUUCUGCAAGUCCAACUCCUGCCAUGCAGACAUGCCAGACGGACUGCCCUGCCUGCUGCGCAGCCACAGGGGUACUGGCUGCGAUGUGAGUCACGUGGUCGACAAACUAUUCCCGGACUUGCCUGCCUUCGAAAUUUACAUCGACACCAGUAGCGAAUAACGUAGCCGGUUGUUCUCUCAUACCUUAUGCUUUCUUUAUGUAGUUUAAGAAUAUUUGAUCUUCACAGGCUUAAUUAAAAAGUUAGCCUUAUGCAGUAAAUCAAGAAAAUUAACUGAAUUUUCAAAGUCAAGAAAAUAAUAUUAAUUCCAGCUGUUUUAAAAACUCUAUUGCUCCCCAAACAGCGCAGACCUCAUGAAUUAGUUAAACGCAGUUUAUUAUCAUUACAAAUUCUGUGUUCAUGUACUUUUACAUGGAAGGAAAAUUAAAUUUACUUUGUCAGGAAAUUCUAUUUACUUCGUUGAGAAAAUUUUAUUCAUUAAUCAAGAAAAUUUUACUAUUCCUGCUGUUUGUGUUAAUUCUAUUGGUAAUUGUUUUGGUAGAUGUAACUUCAGGUCACAGUCCGGGGCCUGUGUGAUCUCAGUGCAGAUCUGAUGAAUUGUCGUUUUUAACUUAUUUUGUAAUCAUUUUCAUUGAGGAGACGUUUGUAUUUGUUUGUGUUGAAAUCAAUUCAACCUCUUUGACUACCCGACAGGUGCGGUGUUCUUCUAGUUUAUUAGAAUUUCAUUUCAGUGUCUUCAUCAACUAUAAAAAUACAGAGUCCGUUUUAGAUAUUCGACAACAUUUUGUUUUAAAAAAAGAACGUUGUUUUAACAUUUUAUGGAAAUAAAGUUAAGUGCGUCACAAA